CAACGACAGGCGCAUCGAUAAUUACUGUUUACAUCUUUACAUCUGUCGGCGUCGAAGCUUAAUAUUAUUAAUAAAUCUCACAAAUUAUUAAAUGUGUUUCCUCUGAUUAUUCAAGUGAUUUUGUUAUGCGAAAGUAGUGCCAUCGCAAUGCUCGCUUCAACUUGUGCCAGAAUUUUGGCUAUUUUGGUAUGUUUCCUGUCUUUCAAUCAGCCAUCAGGAGCAGUUGAAAAUAACUAUCAACCAAUAUCUUCUACAACCGGUUCGAAUUUUUCCGAUGCUUCGAUGCUGACCUAUGAAAUAGUCCAGCUUGUAGUACCUAAACACAUAAAAAUGAACGAUAUUAACGAUUAUCGGGAGAUCAUACUUCCAGCUUACUCAAAUACAAAUAUUCAGCUGCGAAAUAUGUCCGUUCAUGGCAAAGAUGUCGGUUUCGCAUUGAUUCAGAUGAAUGCAUAUGAGUUCAACGCAACACUCAGCUACACUAGUAAUAUCAUCGAAGAUCGGUCUUUGACCGGAAUGAACGUGGGUUUGAUUCUCUAUGAAGACGGUAGUUUGUAUGCAAUCAACACGAAUCCUCACGAGGAAAUCUGGGUAUCUCUAGUUUUAAUGCUAUACAACAAAACGGCUCCUCUUCCAGGAGGGUGCAAUUUGGAGUUUCCCGUUGAAGAUUCUCCAGUAUUGAAUCUCACCUUAAAGGAAUCUGUAGUAGAAGUCGAUACACCUCCUGCGUCUGUAGCUCGGCCAUUGCAUACUCCAGAUAACCAAUGUGGAAAAUCGAAGCUCAUUUAUGAAUCAUAUUAUCUGUCGAUGCCUUCAUACGACUUUACUCAACGAACCUAUUUUACUUAUAUUCGAAAGCUGAUCACCUAUGCAAAUGCCAAAGCUUCGGGACGAUUAAACGAUUUAUCGACAAACGCAAAUAGCAUUAAGCGGGUUUACGAUCGGCAAAAAGGACGAGGUAUGGUGUUUGUAACAGUCGUCAUUGAUCCGGUGCAUAACGGCUUUGCUGCCUAUGUACCGGUUCAUACCUAUGCCUGCGAACCGUUUUUGCAUGCUGCGGAAUGUUACGAAUUCAACAUUCCGCUUCGAAUAGUUGGAUUCAUCGUCACAAUAAUAAUGGCAGCAGAGAUAGUGGUUGGUUUCUUUCCACUACCGGUGAAAGCAUUUGUUUGCGGUGCAAUAGUUGGCUUGUUGGGAACUGUUAAACUAAUGAAAUCUAUCAAUCUGAAUGUCACAGAAGGAGAGCUUAUAACGCUUCUGGUACUGGGAGCGAUAGCUGGUAUCGUUCUGUUUGUGCUGAUGUCCAUCAUCUGUCCCAUAGCGGCAAUCAUUAUAUGCAAUUUCAUGGUCGCAUUCAUGUUGUGUAGUGUUAUAUACUACGGUUUUUAUGGCAACUUUUUAAGUCAUCCGAUCGUCAGUGUUGCAUUCUUGGUGACUACGCUGUUCGUUGGUAUCCUGUUUAGCUCUAUACAAAUUUUCCUCUUUGCAAAUGCUUUCUUAUUUAGUGCGAUGUCUUUGUUUUAUGGAGUAAAUACAAUUUUUAGCGCCCGGCUGCACUAUUCUCUAAAAACAUGGUACCACGGACUGUCUGAGGAUGGUUACGAUACUGUAAUGUUCGAUUCGACCAUAGAUAAAAACGAAAUUAUGGCUAUUGCCAGCUUUGGGAUCAUUCUUACAGUAUGUAUUUAUUUGCGUGUUCGUUGUAAGUUACGAGAGAACCAGGUAGUGAGACAUGGUUUUCGAUUGCCGUGUGGAAAUUAUGGCUCUACAGCAAGCCUUGCCUUUUUGGCAGAUGAUAGUAUGGCUUAUCAGACCGUAUCCGAUCAUACUACAAUAACGCGUUGGACCAGCGGAGACGACGAGGUGUUCGAGUCUCCUGAAUCAAAUGCAAGGUUCUUCCAGAGACUUCGCCGUAGCAGAAGGCAAUGAUAAGCCAAAGGAGAUGAAAUUUUGCAUUUUGCAUUCAUAAUCUGGUAUAUAUGGCAGAUAUAUUUUUUCUUUACAUUUAUCAAUGUAAUUUCGGCUCGAGAUGCUGAACUUUCGCAUGAAAGGUAGAAUCACGCAAUGCGUAAAUACACGUGUGAUGCGAAAAGUUA